AAGUCAAGCCAGUUGAGGACACAACUUCGAACGGACUUGUUCGGCAACCAGCAUAAAUAUUCAGCAAGAAAACAAGCACCGUGUGUGCGAGUAGCACUUAUUCAACUGAUAAUCUUCGUAGUGCGCGUUACGGUCCGCUGAAGAUUUCGCAAACAGCAAGACAUGGACAACAUACGGAACAAGACUGUAAUGAUCAGCGGAGGAUCUAACGGACUGGGCUACAAAUACGCCGAAAUAUUGCUUCGCAAUGGUGCGAAGAGUGUUGCGAUAAUCGAUCUGCCGACGUCGAACGGUGAAAAUGCAGCGUGCACGCUCGAGAACGAGUUUGGCGAGAACCGCGCUGUCUUCGUCGCUUGCGACGUGACGAAGGCCGAGGAUCUGAAAGAGGCGUUCAACAGAGUCAUCGACACCUUCCACACGCUCGAUAUUCUCAUCAACAAUGCUGGCAUAUUGAACGAUAAAGAGAAAUGGGAACAGACGAUCGACAUCAAUGUCACGGCGCUGAUUCGCAGCACGUAUCUCGCCCUGGACCAUAUGGGAAAACACAAAGGUGGAAAAGGAGGCUUAAUCGUCAACAUUUCGUCUGUCUGCGGCUUACUCGCGUAUCCCCUCGCGCCGGUCUACACGGCCUCGAAGCACGCCGUUCUCGGAUUCAGCCAGUCCCUGGCAGGUCUGUACGACAAGACCGGAGUGCGAGUUCUCAUCAUGUGUCCAGGUAUUACGAAAACCAAAUUAGUUGAAGACCUGUUUAAUAAGUCUGUCCAUUUCGUCGACGCGCAAUAUGUCAGGCAGUUUCCCUCCAUCUUCGGUACGAUGUACCAAUCAGCUGAUAAUGUCGCUCUCGCCAUGAUAGAUCUUAUACAAAAAGGUAAAAACGGAGAUGCUUGGGUGAGCGAGCACGAUAAACCCCCGUAUGCCGUGGACUUUCCCCGUUAUUCCAGUCGAUCUUUACCUGUGUAAAGUUUGAUUACAUAUUCGAUAACUCUUGCUUUGCUCAAUUGAAACAAUUAUUAAUAAAAAUAAAUAUUGUAUCAAUUUUAAAUAUAAUAUAUAUAUGAUAUAAAUGAUAUAAAUGACGUAUAAUGUUAAAACAUUUCCAACCCCCAUUUCCAAAUCCAAAAAUCUAUUUAAAAAUCAUCACGCGUAAUUUUAUGAAAUAUCAUUAUUGAUUAAAGUUACGUAAGUAACGUACGAAAAGGCUUUGUUUAAUGUGAAUUUUUAUUUUAACAUUCUUUAAAGGCUAUUCGAAAUGUAUUAUGUCUGAUUAAAAAUAAGUUCUAUGCACUGGAUAGUUUUUACGAACCGCGCGCAAUAAUACAUUCUUCUAUAACUUUUGUAAUAUAAGGAGAGAUUAAGAACAUGAAAUAUUAAAAAUAAAAUUUAUUAUAUCUCUAUUAUUGUAGGAUUAAUUUUGCAAGGAAAAAAAAAUUUGCAUCUCUCUUAUAUAAAAUUGGCAAAUAAGAUUUUCGUUGAUAUAAAAAUAAAAACUUAAUUUUUUUGUAUCUUUUAAUCGAUGAUAACGUUUAUAAUAAUUCAAUUCUAGUUUAAUCAGCGAUAUCUCAUUCGUAAAUAUAUACAUAUAUCUAGUGUAAUCUUUAUUUUUAUAAACUGCUCGCUACCAAUGAUUUUAUCUAUUAUUCUUUACAUGACUAUGCUUUUUAAAAUGAGUCUUAUCAGUCUUAUCUUCAAUAGAUACUAUAUCAGUAGUAUUUACUAAUCAUGCUUGUUUUGCGCUCACAUAAAAAGUAGAUUUGCUAAUUCAGUGAUGAAUUAUGCAUUGUAAAUUUAGAUAAAUCUACUCGAACUGUGUUAAAAAAU